CAGCUUUUCGCCGGGCGGGAUUUCCGCAAUAUCAAGGAUGGCGAAGACAUACGAUUAUUUGUUUAAGUUGCUGCUAAUCGGAGACUCAGGUGUCGGGAAGACCUGCGUGUUGUUCAGGUUCUCAGAGGAUGCCUUUAACUCAACAUUCAUCUCCACCAUAGGUAGGUGUGACUUUGGUUAGCCACAAUGCGAUGUUUACAAACGACAGUCAUCCCGACCAGAAAGCAGCUAGCUACUAUGCUGUUGUUAGCUAACCAGUUAACGGUAGCUUAAAGCCGAAAUUGAUUAAGUAACUGACUAAAUGAAGUUAGCUUGCUGAUUAGCUAGCUACAACCUUAUUGCAUUAUAUUAACUAGGUGACAAGUAACAAUGGCAUUGGCAUUAGCUGUGUAGCUUAUACGAACAUUUUAGCUAGCUAUAUAGCUAAUGCUAGCUAGGUAGAUAGCCAACAGGCUAGCAUUCUAACUUCCUGUAGCUUACUAGCUAACAGUUAGCCCUACUAGCGAACGUUGCGUACCCCUGUCUAACUCGCAGCUGAAAUCCAAACGAUAAAGUGCAACUGUAUGUUAACUAGCUAACGUUAGCUACAUGCUCUGGCUACCGUUAUUAACGGUAACGUUAACUAGCUAUGUUCAUAACUGUGUACAAUAAAUUUUGCUAACCUUAUUUAACUAACUCGCUAGUUAGCUUUAGAGCUUGUUAGCCUGGCAGCUAAUUAUUGAUGCCACAUAUUAACAUUCACCUUUUACAUUUGUAUUGCAUUGAUUGGGUUAUAACUAGCGCUACAGUCAUAGCUGUUGUGUGUAAUGGCUAGGUGUCUAAUUUCAAGAUUCCCUCUUCUCUUAUUCUUCUCCUGUAGGCAUUGACUUUAAGAUUAGAACAAUAGAACUAGACGGCAAGAAGAUAAAGUUACAGAUAUGGUAAGCCCUUUUUCCUCCACUUCACCUUGAGCAUCAGGACUGCUUUUCAUACAGUAAAGAAAAGGGGUAGGCAGGCACCCAAAGCAGUUCGCCUUGCAGUUAUAGCUAGGUAACUAUUAGAAAGGAAACCUAUGACUGUCUACGUCACUUGGCCAGGCCUAACUGUUGUCCAUGUGUUUUUGCAGGGACACAGCAGGGCAGGAGCGAUUUCGAACAAUCACAACAGCGUACUACAGAGGCGCGAUGGUGGGUAAACAAAAUGCUUGUUAAGUUUUCUUAAUUUGUUAUGUGUAUGUCAUCUUCUUCAUCACAACGUCGAGGUGUUGACUUCCUGGUUGCGUUCUGUCUUUGACGUUUCAUUGUUUGUCAUCACAGGGUAUCAUGCUAGUCUACGACAUCACCAACGAGAAGUCCUUCGAAAACAUCAAGAACUGGAUACGGAACAUAGAGGAGGUAUGUUUGCUGAAAGUUCUAUUUUAUUAUAUUCUAAACGCGACCCCUAUACUGACUGACUAGUAAAUAUUCAGUGUACUCUUGUCAAACCCAACCGUAUGUAUUAUACUGUGUGUAUUGUAGUGUUAAACCCCUCUCAUCUCCUCCUUAGCAUGCAUCGGCUGAUGUUGAGAAGAUGGUCCUUGGUAACAAAUGUGACAUCAACGACAAACGGCAGGUGUCCAAAGACAGGGGAGAGAAGGUGAGUUCUGCUGCAAUCGUGUGAUGAAUCACACGCUCCGUUCUGGUUGUGUACUGUACAACCUUAAAGGGCUUGGAUGAUGUAGAGCACAUUUCAAACUUACGGCCUGCCAUGUUGUCUAGGUGAAAAGCAACAACAAAAACAACUGCUUGAAUGACCAAAAACAGAUAGAAACUGUGUAGAAAUGAUGCUAGUAACAGCAGAGUCAAAGCAUUACUCUCCUCUUUUCUCAGCUGGCGCUGGAGUACGGUAUCAAGUUCAUGGAGACCAGUGCAAAGGCCAAUAUCAAUGUGGAAAACUCGUUUUUGACACUUGCCAGAGACAUCAAAUCAAAGAUGGACACAAAAUUAGUAAGUUCACCCUCCCUUUCUCCUCCUUGUAAAAAAAAAAGUAUUUAGGUUUUAAGAAGGAACUUUAAAAAGGUCAAAAUGCUGGACAUUUAAAUUUUAAAUUUGUUCUAGGAGGGCAGCAGUCCCCAGGGGAGCAGCCACAAGGUGAAGAUCUCUCAGCCCCAGAAGAAGAGCAGCUUCUUCCGCUGUGUCCUACUGUGAGGACCAGACCAAGGGUGUAUCCCAAAUGGCACACUAUUCCAUAUAUAGUGUACUACAUUUGACCAGGCCCCAUAGAGCUCUAGUAAAAAGUAGUGCACU